AUGCCGGACGACCACUCGCAGUCGGAUUCCACCGGGGAGCGCACGUGGAGGGAGGUCAUGGGGGAUGCGCGGGAAGCGUACGCGCGCGAAGCCUCCUGGGCCGCAAAAAAGCAGGUUGGUGAUGGACAAGAUGUCGGCCGCCAUGCGAGCGGGGAGGCGUCCGCCGCGCGAUGUCCCAUAGCGUUCUCCAAGCGCCACUCGCGGACAUUCACCACGCUCAAGGCGAUGGAUCGGAUAGCGCGGCAUCGCGCGUCCAGGGCUUCCAAAUCGUCCGAACGAACCCCCUCGUCGCACGGACCAGCGGCGCGCGACGACGGCACCCUCCGAUUGCUCCUGGUCGGCGCGGACAGGACGGAGGGAACGUGCCCGCGGGAUACCGCCGCGGUCUUCGACGGGCUCCUCGCCGACACGGGGAAAACGAACGCCGGCGAGUCGUCGUCGUCGUCGUCGUCGUCGUCGUCGCUCUUCCGGCGCGCCAUGGAGGGGGUGAGGCGGGUCGACGUCGUCCUCGUCGGCCCGAACGUGCGCCUGGACGACGGCGUCGAGCGGGACGUCUUCCACGCCGUGAGCAGCUCUAAGAGGGACGACGCCGACGCCGACGACGCGAAGGAGACGGCGGACGACGACGCGAUCGAGAUCCGGGUCGCCUACCGCGUCGGGCUGUACCACAACCUUCGGGAACAAGACAGGAAGCGCAGACGCGACCAAGCCGACGAAGCCGACACAGCUGGCGACGACGAGGAUGACACGAACGACGCGAACGAAGAGGGGUCGUCCGGGGACGCGAACCAAGGGGACGCGAACGAAGGGGACCGGGGAGCAUCGGCGGCGACGGCGGUGACGGACUUUUCGCCCGACCUCGCACUCGCGUUCAACGCGGGGGUGUGGGGGUACGAACCCGACGAGUGGCGACCGACGAUGAGGGAGAUCCUGUUCGAGGACGAGUGCCCGUUGCUCGUGACGGGAUACACCCUGGCGGAGACCGAGUGCGACGAGGACGUUCUCGGCGAGAUGUUCGGGGGGGGCGAGGGCGAGGCGGGCGAGGGCGGCACGGGCCCCCGCGAGGAGGUGGAGUGGCUCUGGGAGUCGGAGAUGAACCCGUUCAGGUCGCUGGACGAGCGAGAACUGGCGUUCGACAGGGGGGACUACCUGCUCGGGGGCGAGGGCGAGGGCGAAGGGACGGGCGCGCACGUCAUGGGGGAAAACUGCGCGUGGCAGUGCCUCGCCGCGAAAACGCCCGGCUGA